UUAAGAAAAAACUCAGAGGGUGACACAGGCGAAGAAGGGUACCCGUCUGUGUGUCCAACUGACGUAGAAGACCCGCAGAGCCUCUUCCCGGCCACCACCACCACGGCCCAUUUCUCCGCACUGGAGUUCUCUCUUCCUCCCUCUCCGCAUCUUUGUUUACAAAGGACCAGAACGACCGGAGCAACAGAAUUCUCCAAUUUCCGUUUGUAUGACGUCCCCCAGAUCUCCCGUUGCUUCCUGAGAUCUCCCCUUCUCUCUCCCUCUCUUCUCCUAUAGAGAGAGAGAGAGAGAGAGAGAGAGAGAGAGAGAGCAAUGGCGUCGUCGGGUUUGUCUCAGGGGCUUGGCGGCCCUUCGAAAGCGGGGAGGGUGCUUGGGCCGUCGCUGGACAAGAUCAUCAAGAACGUGGCCUGGAGGAAGCAAUCACAGCUGGUGCAGGCCUGCAAGUCAUCUCUCGACCGCCUCCAGAACCUUUCUACCUCGCCCGAGUUCGCAGGCUCCUCCGUUCCGGGUUUCCCCCCUGCCGAUGCCGACCAGUUCCUCGCCUCCCUUACCCUCGCCCUCGACUCCGCAGCUCCUAAGGUCAUUGAGCCCGCCCUCGAAUGCGUCCAGCGACUCGCCCUCCUUGGUCUCGUCCGCUGCGACGCCGAACAGAUCGACGACGAUCCAGCCUCCUCUCCUCCCCCCGCCCUCCUUAUCAAUUCCGUCUGCAAGUGCACCGCCGUUGCCGACAACGCCGUCGAGCUCGCCGUCCUCCGAACCCUCCUCGCAUCCGUCAGAUCGAGCUCGCUGGGCUUCCAUGGCGACGCGUUGAUCCACAUCGUCAAGACAUUCUACAAUGUCUACCUCGGCAGCACCAGCGUCGAGAAUCGGAUCUGCGCCAAGGCGGCCUUGGCGCAGACAGUCGCCAUCGUGUUCGCACGAGCUGAGGCUGACCGCGUGGAGGCGAGCGCCGAUCCGGUGUCCGUGCCGGCGUUGCUGGAGCUCUCGGACAAGAAUCUUAACGAAUCGGGGCUAGUUCAGUCGGUUCAGGUCUUUCUCAUUGAGGUCCUGGAGGGAUGGGAGGGCGAUCGCGGCGGUAAUUCGACGGCGAAGGAGGAAACUGGGGAAGGGGAAAGCAGGAUCAGGGAGGAUGCCCUUUAUCUGUUCAAGAACCUCUGUAAGUUUUCGAUGAAAUUCUCCACCCAGGAGAGCCCAGAAGACGAGCUCCUCCUCAGGGGCAAAUUGUUGUCUCUUGAGCUGAUGAAGGUCGUGGUCGAGAAUGCCGGACCGGUCCUGCGGGUAAAUGAAAGGUUUCUUGGCGCUACCAGACAAUAUCUCUGCCUAUCCCUGUUAAAGAACAGUGCCUUGUCAGUGAUGAGUGUUUUCCAACUAUUAUGCUCUAUGUUCAUGAGUUUAUUAUCAAGGUUAAGGUCUGGUUUGAAGGCUGAAAUUGGCAUUUUUUUUCCAAUGCUUGUCCUUCGAGUUCUAGAAAAUGUGCUUCAGCCAAGUUUCUUGCAGAAGAUGACCGUUCUAAAUUUGUUGGAAAGGAUGUGUGAAGAUCCACAGCUAGUGAUUGAUAUCUUUGUGAACUAUGAUUGUGAUGUUGAGUCACCAAAUAUCUUUGAAAGGAUUGUUAAUGGCCUGUUAAAGACCGGAUUGGGUGUACCUCCUGGUUCGGUGACAACCUUGUCCCCAGCUCAGGAUAUUGCCUUCAGGCAUGAAUCUGUGAGAUGUUUGGUUGCCAUCAUAAAAGCAAUGGGGCAGUGGAUGGAUCAACAGCUACGUGUUGUAGAAACACGUCCACCAAAGGAUCCUGAUUUAGAUAGCUUGGGUGUUGAAAACAAUUCUAUGUUAAAUGGUGAAGAGGGAUCUGCAAUAGACUAUGACCUACAUUCUGAAUCAUAUGGUGAAUUAUCAGAAGCUGCAAAUCUAGAGCAACGGCGUGCAUAUAAGAUAGAACUGCAGAAGGGUAUUUCACUAUUCAAUCGUAAACCAAGCAAGGGCAUUGAAUUUCUAAUAGGUGCAAAAAAAAUUGGUGGAACUCCAGAAGCAGUAGCUUCCUUUCUUAAGAAUACUGCUGGCUUGAAUGAGACAAUGAUUGGUGAUUACCUAGGGGAGAGAGAAGAAUUUGCACUGAAAGUUAUGCAUGCAUAUGUGGACUCCAUGAAUCUUGAGAAAAUGGAUUUUGGUGAAGCAAUCAGAUUUUUUCUUAGAGGCUUUCGUUUGCCUGGAGAAGCACAGAAGAUUGAUCGUAUAAUGGAAAAAUUUGCGGAGCGCUACUGUAAAUGCAAUCCAAACUCCUUUAGUAGUGCUGACACUGCUUAUGUUCUUGCUUACUCUGUGAUAAUGCUCAACACAGAUGCACACAACAGCAUGGUUAAAGAUAAGAUGUCAAAGUCAGAUUUCCUUCGGAAUAAUCGAGGAAUUGAUAAUGGGAAGGAUUUACCAGAAGAUUAUCUUGGGUCCCUUUAUGAUCAAAUUGUGAAAAAUGAAAUAAAAAUGAAUGCUGAAACUUCAACUCCACAGAAACAAGCCAACAGCAUUAAUAAGCUGCUUGGCUUGGAUAAUAUUCUUAACUUAGUCAAUUGGACGCAGCCAGAAGAAAAAGCAUUAGGUGCAAAUGAUGUUCUUUUGAGGCAUAUCCAGGAGAAGUUUAAAGCGAAGACAAACAAAUCAGAGUCUAUCUUUUACAUGGUUAAUGAUGUGGCAAUUCUACGAUUUAUGGUAGAGGUCUGCUGGGCACCAAUGCUUGCAGCGUUCAGUGUAAACCUUGACCAGAGUGAUGAAAAGGUUAUUGCAUUCCAGUGCUUGCAAGGUUUCCGUCAAGCAGUACAUGUUACUGCAGUUAUGUAUAUGCAGACUCAAAGAGAUGCUUUUGUGACAUCCGUUGCGAAGUUUACUUUUCUUCAUUGUGCUGCUGACAUGAAACAAAAAAAUGUUGAAGCAGUUAAGGCUAUUAUAUCCAUUGCAAUUGAAGAUGGAAACUACUUGCAAGAAGCCUGGGAACAUAUUUUAACAUGUCUUUCCAGAUUUGAGAAUUUACUGCUCCUAGGAGAAGGUGCUCCACCUGAUUCAUUGUUUCCUGCAGUACCUCAAGUGGAAGCAGACGAAAAAGCACCGAAGUCUCCUGCACAUCAGCUGCUUAAGAAAAAAGGAGCUGCUCUGCAGCAUCCAGGUAUCAUGGCUGUCCUUCGAGGGGGGUCAUAUGACAGUGUUGUUCCUGCAGUUAACGUCACGGGCCCUAUAACUCCAGAACAAAUAAAUAAUUUGAUUUCCAAUUUGAACAUGCUUGACCAGAUUGGAAAUUAUGAAUUGAAUCACAUAUUUGUGCAUAGUCAAAGGCUGAACAGUGAGGCCAUUGUUGCUUUUGUCAAGGCUUUGUGCAAAGUUUCUAUGUCAGAAUUGCAAUCUCCAUCAGAUCCUCGGGUUUUCAGCCUUAUGAAAAUUGUUGAGAUUGCGCAUUACAACAUGAAUCGCAUUAGGUUGGUGUGGUCUCGUAUAUGGCAAGUUCUUUGCGAGUUUUUUGUGUCAGUUGGCCUAUCAGAGAAUCUUUCUGUUUCCAUUUUUGUCAUGGAUUCGUUGAGGCAGCUGGCUAUGAAGUUCUUGGAACGUGAAGAACUGGCCAAUUACAACUUUCAAAGUGAAUUCUUGAAGCCUUUUGUUAUUAUUAUGCAGAAAAGCAACUCCGCAGAAAUUAGGGAAUUGAUUGUUCGGUGUGUCUCUCAAAUGGUCCUCGUUCGUGUUAGCAAUGUCAAAUCUGGCUGGAAGAGUGUCUUUAUGGUUUUCACUACUGCUGCUUCUGAUGAACGCAAGAAUAUUGUGUUACUGGCCUUCGAGACUAUAGAAAAAAUUGUUCGUGAUUAUUUUCCCUACAUAACUGAGACAGAGACUACAACAUUCACAGAUUGUGUUAGAUGCCUAAUCGCUUUUACAACAAGCCGAUACAAUAGUGAUGUUGGCUUUAAUGCUAUAGCAUUUCUUCGAUUCUGUGCUGUCAAACUGGCAGAGGGAGGGCUAAUAUGCUAUGAAGGAAGCAAAGAAGCUUCUGAUCAAGUGAAUGGUGAUGUUCCUGACAAUCACACAUUUACUGAUAAGGAUGAACAUGUGUACUACUGGGUUCCCUUACUGACUGGUCUUUCAAAACUCACUUCUGAUCCUAGACCAGCCAUAAGAAAAAGUGCAUUGGAGGUGCUCUUUAAUACGUUGCGUGAUCAUGGACAUCUUUUUUCGCUCUCUUUCUGGAUCAGAGUGUACAAGUCCGUGGUCUUCCCGAUCUUUGAUACCGUGGCACAUGGAAAGGGAGUUUCAUUAGAUGGACAGUCGACAGAGGACAUAGAAGGGCUUCUUCUUGAAAAUGUUUGGAGUUCUGAAACUUGUGCAUUGGCAGCACAAUAUCUUGUUGACUUGUUUUCUGGUUUCUUUGACAUAGUUCGCUUGCAGAUCAAAAGUGUGGUUUCGAUUGUCACUAGUUUCAUUAGAAAUCCCACUUUUGCUAGCAUUGGUGUAUCUGCAUUCCUACGCCUGACCAGUAACGUGGGGAACAUGCUCUCAGAAGAUGAGUGGCAGGGGAUACUCCUCUUGUUAAAAGAAGCAGCUGCUUCAACACAACCUAGCUUUCUACUUAUCAAAAAGACAAUGGAUGGGAUUGAGAUACCUGACAGUGUGGAGGCAUAUCCUGAAGGUGACUUGUUUACUGAAAAUGAGCUGCCUAAUGAUGAACCAGAGGAUGAUAGUCUACAGGUAGCCUCAUACUGUGUCUCAAGAAUGAAAGGACAUAUAGCUGUACAACUACUCAUAAUUCAGGCUCUGAUGGAUCUGUACAAGACACAUAGGGAGUCCCUUACACCAUUAAGCGUUAUGAUCCUCUUGGAGACAUUUUCGUCCAUCUGCCACCAUGCUCAUGAGAUGAAUUCCCAUGCCAUCCUACAGGAGAAACUUCACAAAGUGUGUCUCAUAUUGGAGGUCUCUGAUCCACCUUCCCUUCACCUCGAGAACGAUUCCUACCAAAACUAUCUCAAGUUCCUGCAGACACUGAUUGACGACAACCCAUCUCUAUCAGAAGACAGAGGCAUAGAGCUGCAGCUGGUUGCAGCGUGUGAGAAGAUACUGGAAAUAUACCUCGAUUGUGCAGGUCUGCCGAUACAAAAUCAGCAGCUCCCAGGUGACCGGCCAAAGGCAAAGUGGGUCAUUCCCCUGGGGACAAUAAAGAAGGAAGAGCUGGCUGCUCGCACUUCUUUGGUGGUGUCAACCCUGCAGGUGUUGUGUAGUUUAGAGAAGGAUACAUUCAAGAAAUACAUCUGUCGCUUUUUCCCGUUGGUGGUAAAUUUAAUUCGCUGUGAGCAUAGCUCGGGUGAAGUGCAGCGUGUUUUGAGGGAUUUAUUCCAAUUUUGUAUAGGCCCAAUAAUAAUAUUGUAAUUUUUUUUUGCUCUCUCUAUCUCUCUCUGUGUCCGUUUGUAUAUGUGUGUGCGCGCGGGUGCGGGUGCGUGCAUGUGGGGCUCUGGUCAAAUAUGUUGUCUGCCAAAUGUACAGUUGAUAUAAAUAUGUUUUGCCUCUGAUAACUAGAAUUUCGACGUUUCA